GUUCAGGUAUCAUAGAGAAAAAAAAACUAUAGUGCAAGGUACUGUAUUUUAUUUGUGUAUUGGGUAGAGUUAGGUAUUUAGAUUGAAAUCGCUUUUCAAAUGAAUGAUAAAAUGGCACCGAAGAAACCAAAAGCCAAUGUAAAUGAGGAGAACAGUUUGUUAGGUAGUUUGGAUGAAAGUGAGUCACCACAGUGUAGUGAGUUAAAAAAUAUGGUGAAUAACUUAGCAGAUGAUUUCAAAAGGUUACAGACGUCUUUAUCUGAGGGUAGUAGGCAAUAUGUUGGUCUGCUGAGGGACCUGGGGGGUCACACUUUGACAUUUGUGCCUAAUGGACCAGUGCAUCCAAUGAACUUUUUAAGAAAAAUUAUGCAUAUCUUGGAUGAGGCUGGGGUGCCUGAAACCGCAAGGUUAAAACUAGUAACAGGGUGUUUGAGGGGCUCGGCUGCUGAGUGGGCGGAAAUCAAGGAGGAUUCUUUUGACUCAUUUCAGAGUUUCAUUGAUGCUUUCAUGGAUAGGUACUGGGGGUUUAAAGAACAACGUGCAUUGUACUAUGAAAUAAAGUAUGGUAAAUUUCGAUCAGGUAGCAGGGCAGAUUAUGUUCUCCAGAUGGCAAAACUAGCCAGUUUUUUGACAGACAAGAUUUCUGAGAGUGAGUUAGUGAGAGCUACGGCGCGAAGUAUUGUUAACAAGCUGGAGCGAUAUUUUUCUGAGAUCCUAACUCCAGAAGCGGUGUUAUCAGACAAUGGAACUCAAUUCCAUUCAGCGGUCUAUAUAAAAUGUUUGGCGGAAAAGGGUGUAAAAUCCAUUUACACCUCCGUUUAUUUCCCAUCGGAUAAUCCCACAGAGCGCAUGAAUAGAGGGAUUGGCCGUCUGCUUAGGUGUUUCUGUUCUACCAAACAUACCGAAUGGGCUUGUGUUCUACCACGUAUUGAACACUGCCUAAAUAAUAUUGUCCACGAAAGUACCGGACAAGUUCCUGCGAUGUUGAUGUUUGGAAAAUCAGAGCCUAAUGAUAUUUUUAAACUGAUUGAUUAUCCUCCUGGUAAUCCCCCCACUCCGGAUUGGACCUCAUCACUCCAAUUAGCUUCCAACAAUUUACGGUCCAAGGCUAGAAAACGCAAGGAGAUGUUUGAAAACAAGAAUAAAGCUAUCACUUUUACUGUCGGGGAUUCCGUUUUAGUGAAGACUCACCCAAUUUCCUCCGCUGCCAAUGCGGAAAUCCGAAAGCUAUUUGUGAGGUUUGAUGGGCCAUAUGUGGUGUCGCGCAUAGUUGGACCCAAUUCUUAUAUGUUAAAGAAUAUAGAAGGUGUCAAUGUAGGCCCUCAGAACAUUAGAAACUUAAAAUUGUAUAAGCGGUGCCCUACCCCUGACCAAUUCAACAUAGAAAGCUCAGAAAAAAAUGUAUUCUCAUUGCAUGACAGUUAG